AGUACCUGCCGUAGCUGCAGAGGAAGGUGGACAAAGAGCCACACAGAGGGAGAGACUGAGCUGUCAGCCCAUGACACACAGUGGAGGGCUGUGCACAGAGAUAAGGGGUCACACGGAGCCCCCAGGACGUAGCAGGCAAUUGUGUCCUGUAAUAGGACAAACACACAGCGCUGCCUCUCUGAGGGGCCCCGGCCCUCUCCCCCACCCCAUCCCACCUGGCAUAGCUGUCAGAGACAUGGCUCGUUGCCUUGGCAUGCAACGUGCCAUCUCCCUGGCACAUUCUCUGGUCGUGGAACUGAGGGACGGGACCUUGCCAACUGGGGCUCCCGCGGUCAUUGUGGUUGUCCACUCUGGAGGACUGGAGGGCUGCUUUUCCACCUGCUCAAUGGGAACCUAAAGUGCACCUCCAGUGGCCUCCAUAUGUCACCCAGUUUCCCCAUCCAUUCACUGCACUUUGACAGGACAGAAUCUGCAGCAAGAUUAAACGGCAUUUCAUUGCCAAACAGCAGGUUCAGCAGCGCAGCCCUUCAUCCCCUUCUGGUUCACGGUGGAGCCCCAGGACACACUGGCCAUCCGGAGCAACGCGGCAGUGCUCAACUGCUCAGCCCACAGCGAUGCAGCCACACCGGCGCGCGUAGAGUGGAAGAAGGACGGCACCUUCAUGAGCCUGGUUUCAGACGAGAGACGGCACAUACUUCCCGAUGGCGUGCUGUUCUUCACCCAUGUGGUCCACUCCAAGCACAAUAAGCCUGAUGAGGGCACCUAUCAGUGCGUUGCCACUAUCGACAACCUGGGCUCCAUUUCAAGCCGCACGGCACGCCUCUCUGUAGCAGGGAUGCCCAGGUUUGCCAGCCAGCCAGCGCCGGCCACCGUGCGUCUAGGGGACAGUCAGGUGAUGGCAUGUGAGGUCAACUCAGAUCUGGUGCCCUUCACCCGGUGGGAGAAAGACCGUCAACCCCUGGAGCUGAGCAGCAAGUUGGCCCAGCUGCCAAGCGGAGCCCUGGUGAUCAGCAACGCCUCGGAGGCCGACGCUGGCCUCUACCGCUGUCUGGUGGAAAAUGUGGGUACACCCAAGUCCAGCGACGAGGCCCAGCUCCAGAUACUGCCAGAAACUGGAGAAGAGAGGAAGCUGGAGUUCCUGGUGCAGCCUGUGUCUGUGACCAAGGUGGUGGGAGCCAGCGUGCUGCUGCCCUGCGUGGUCACCGGUUACCCUGCGCCGCACGUCCGUUGGAUGUUUGGAGAAAAGCUGCUACAAGAAAGUGAGGGUCGUGUGGAGGUUCUGGGAGGAGGCAGUCUCCAGAUCUCCAAUCUCACAGAGGAGGAUGCCGGCGUCUACACCUGCAUGGUGGACAAUUCUAACACCACCAUUGAAGCCCAGGCCCAACUCACAGUACAAGUUCCUCCCCAGUUUGUCAAGCGGCCAGCCAACAUUUAUGCCCAUGAGUCCAUGGACAUCGUCUUUGAGUGUGAAGUUUCAGGGUCACCAGCUCCAACUGUCAAAUGGGUCAAGAAUGGAGAUGCUGUCAUCCCGAGUGACUACUUUAAAAUAAUUAAGGAGCACAACCUGCAGGUUCUGGGUCUAGUCAAGUCAGAUGAGGGUUUCUACCAGUGCCUUGCGGAAAAUGAUGCCGGGAACAUCCAGUCCAGUGCCCAGCUCAUCAUCUUGGAUUAUGACGUAGCCCUGCCCUCUUCCCCUCCCCCCUCACUGACUCCUAACACUACUGACCAUGUAACGCCAGGCUCCGGAGGUGUAGCCAGUCCGGCAGGGCCCACCCCCUCUGCCCCCCGCGACGUCGUGGCUUCACUGGUCUCCACCCGCUUCAUCAAGCUGACCUGGCGCCCACCAGCCGAACCGCACGGAGACGAGUUAACCUACUCCGUUUUCUACAGCCAGGAAGGCACUAGCAGGGAACGAGUCGUGAACACCAGCCGCCCAGGGGAGAUGCAGGUGACCAUCCAGAAUCUCAUGCCAGACACCAAAUAUCGCUUCAGGGUGGUGGCCCACAACAGCAACGGCCAGGGCGAGAGCUCCACGGCGCUCAAAGUGGCCACCCAGGCUGAAGUCCAAGUGCCCGGCCCUGCUCCUAACCUGCAGGCAGUGUCGAACGCGCCGACCUCUGUCUCUCUGACCUGGGACAAGCCUCUCACUGGCAACGGGGAGAUCCUCACCUACAAGUUGUACUACACGGACAAAAGCGUUGGCAACGAACAGGACAUUGACAUAGACGGUCAGUCCUACACCAUGACUGGGCUGAAGAAGAACGCAGAGUACAGUUUCCGUGUGGUGGCCAACAACAAGCACGGUCCAGGUGUCUCCACGGAGGACAUCGUUGUUCGUACCCUGUCUGACGUACCAAGCGCCCCUCCUCAAAACCUCACUCUGGAGGUCCAGAACUCAAAGAGCAUCAUGCUUCGCUGGCAGCCCCCUCCCCUUAACGGCCAGAAUGGGGAGAUCACGGGCUACAAGAUCCGAUACCGGAAAGGAUCCCGGAGGAGUGAGGCAGCCGAGACCACCGGAGGCACCCAGCUUAACAAGCUCAUUGAUGGUCUGGAGCGCGGGACAGAGUAUUCCUUCCGGGUGUCGGCCAUGACGGUGAACGGCACGGGACCGGCCACCGACUGGACCACGGCAGAGACGUUUGAGAGCGACCUGGAUGAAUCCCGUGUACCAGACCAGCCCAGUUCUCUCCAUGUCCGGCCGCUGGUCAGCAGUAUCGUGGUGAGCUGGACGCCGCCAGAGAACCAGGACAUUGUGGUGCGCGGGUACACCAUCGGAUAUGGCAUCGGCAGUCCCCACGCUCAGACCAUCAAAGUGGACUACAAGCAGCGCUACUACACUAUUGAGAACCUUGACCCCAGCUCCCACUAUGUGAUCACACUAAAGGCCUUCAAUAACGUGGGCGAGGGGAUUCCUGUGUAUGAGAGCGCCGUCACCAGACCACAGUCAGACGCCAUACAUGUUGACCUGUACGAACUCUUACAUCCUCCAAACACCCCAGUACCAGACCCUUCCCCCAUGAUGCCACCCGUGGGUGUUCAAGCCUCCGUGCUGAGCCACGACACCAUCAAGGUGACCUGGGCUGACAACUCGCUGCCCAAGAACCAAAAGAUCACAGAUAACCGCUACUACACAGUGAGAUGGAAGACCAACAUCCCUGCCAACACUAAAGUGAAGAUGGCCAACACCACCAGCCUGAACCACAUGGUGACAGGUCUGAAGCCCAACACGCUGUACGAGUUCUCCGUCAUGGUGACCAAGGGCCGCCGCACCAGCACGUGGAGCAUGACUGCACAGGGCACAACAUUUGAGACCAUCCCCAGCUCCUCUCCGAAAGACGUGACUGUGGUGAGCAAAGAGAACAAACCCCGCACCAUAAUUGUCAACUGGCAGCCUCCCUCCGAGGCCAAUGGAAAGAUCACGGGCUAUAUUAUCUACUACAGCACAGAUGUAAACGCUGAGGUCCACGACUGGGUUAUCGAACCGGUGGUGGGCAACCGUCUGACUCACCAGAUCCAGGAGCUGACGCUGGACACCACCUACUACUUCAAGAUCCAGGCCCGAAACUCGAAGGGCAUGGGCCCCAUGUCUGAGGCCGUAAAUUUCCGCACCCCAAAGACUGAGUCCUCUGACAAAAUGGCUAAUGACCAAGCCUCAAAUCUUCCGUCGAAGCCAGGGCCUUCAGGCAACCAACAUACAAUUGACCCGGGAUCUUCAGUUGGUAAAUCAGGGGUGGGAAGCAACAGUGAAAAUCACAUCCUGGUCAUUGUCAUCAUCAUCUCAGUGGGAGCCUUCACCAUCAUAGUGGUGGUGGUGGGGGCCUUCCUGUGCACACGGCGCACCACGUCCCAUCAAAAAAAAAAGCGGGCUGCCUCAAAGUCCUCAAACGGCUCCCACAAAUACAAGGGAAACUCCAAGGACUUGAAGCCACCUGAUCUUUGGAUCCACCAUGAGAGGCUGGAACUCAAGCCCAUGGACAAGUCGCCGGAGCCCAACCCAGUCAUGACCGAAACGCCCAUCCCCCGCACCUCGCAGGACAUCACGCCGGCCGACAGCAGCCUGGACAGCAACCCCCACCUACAACAGAGGCGCAACUCCUACCGCGGCCACGAAUCAGAGGACAGCAUGUCUACACUAGCAGGCCGGCGAGGGAUGAGGCCUAAAAUGAUGAUGCCUUUUGACGCACAGCCGCCUCAGCCUGUGAUUAGUGCUCACCCCAUCCAUUCCCUUGAUAACCAUCACCACCAUUAUCACAUGGGCAGCCUGGCAUCGUCGACACGAAGCUACCUCUACCACCAGGGCAGCGGGCACCCACGCCCGCAGGCCUGUGCCACCCCCAUCUCCCAUCUAGACAGGGUGGACUCGACAGAAUCGGUGAGGAACACCCCCAGUUCAGAACCCCUCCCUCCAGCCGCCGCCUCCUCCCAGGCCUCUUGCCCCUCGGAGAUCCUGGCCGACCAUGAGGGCAGCUAUCACGGCUCCACCACCACAGAGGAGGAGCCCAGCUACUCCAGCAACCUGCCCCCACACCGCUCAGCCCACCCGCACGCCCACGCCCACCCGCUCAAGAGCUUUGCUGUACCGGCAAUCCCGGGCACCAGCCAUCCAUCAUACGAGUCGCCUGCCCUGCCCAGCACUCCCCUGCUCGCUCAGACCGGGCCUCCCACUCACCCCCACGUUGUUAAAACAGCCUCCAUUGGAACACUAGGAAGGACCCGCACACCGAUGGCAGUCACUGUGCCCAACGCCCCUGAUGUGCCAGAGACUAGCAAGAUGCUAGAAGAUGUAGACAGCGUGCUUGCCUCCCUUGCCCCCUGCCCCUCCCCCGCCCCUCGCAGUAACCCUGUUCCUCUCCCUCAGAGCUACGAGCCCGACGAGCUGACCGAGGAGAUGGCCCACCUCGAGGGCCUGAUGAAGGACCUGAACGCCAUUACCACAGCGCCAUGAGCAUGCACACACAACUGCGCACACACAGACACACUUUCUCUGUCCUCCGCACACACAUACAGAAAGACACACACUCUGAAGUCAAACAAACACACCCAAACAUGAACCUUGGGAGCUAGAGGCUGGUGGACACAAAAUGGCUUCUUGUGCCCAAGAAAACUCUCACAUCCCCCUGCAGAGAAAAAAAAAACAACAAAAAACUCCAGACUGAAACUUAGGAACUUUUUUUGGCUUACCUUGCUCAGUCUCAGGAAGGAGAUUGCCAUGAGAGGGAAGAAAAGUGAUACGCUUCAUCUUUUUAUGAAGAACCAUUCUCAGAGACAAUGAACUUUAAAACAUUGGUCGCUUUCAACCGGAAAAUCGUGAAUUUCUUCCUCAGCAAAAAUACGUACGGUAGGUUUUGGUGACGAACACUCACUCAAGAUGAGACAACAGUUGAUUCAAUGUCAAGUCGAAUGGAGAAAGUAACAAAAUAUGCUGGUUUUGAUGUUGGUGCUCAUGCGGCGCAGUCUACACACAGUGUUUGAUUAGUGUUUUCUUUGUGCAUUUUGUAUAUCUAUUGGGCAGUUUCAGUGAAGUGAAUAUGGGAUAUCAACCUCCCUUUACAAGCAUACAUUAUUCAUAAACAUGGUUAUUUUUUUGUUUUUGUUUUUGUUUUUACCCCCUUGUGUCAUAUAUUGUGCCAUGACUUUUUAUUAUUUUCUAUAUUAUUGUAUUAUUUUUUUUACACACAUAUCCUUAUAUACAUGUACAUAUGUUUUUUUUUU